GAACUUCAUAUUACCUUCACCAUGUCGUCCAAUCAUUCAUAUGAGCUUCUUUGCCUGGAGAACCCGCUUCUCGACAUCCAGGCUCAAGGAGAUGAAGCACUCCUGAACCAAUACGGACUCAAGGCCAAUGAUGCCAUCCUUGCCGAAGACAAGCACAAGUCGCUCUACGAAGAGCUCCUCAACAACCGUGAGGCCAAGCUGCUGGCUGGUGGUGCCGCCCAGAACACAGCCAGAGGAGCACAGUAUCUACUCCCUCCUGACCAAGUAGUCUUCUUCGGCUGCGUCGGAAAGGACAAGUAUGCCGACAUCUUGAUGAAGGCAAACAAGGAAGCCGGGUUGGCAGUCCAAUACCGCUAUGACGACAAGGAGCCAACUGGCCGAUGCGGUGUCAUUAUCACAGGUCACAACCGAAGCAUGUGCACCGAUCUCGCUGCAGCAAAUGCGUACAAGAUUGAACACUUGAAGGAGAACUGGGGCAUCGUGGAGAAAGCGAAGGCUUACUUUGUCGGUGGAUACCAUCUCACAGUGUGCGUGCCGGCUGUUUUGGCUCUGGCCGAAGAAGCUGCGAAAAACAACAAGCCGUUCAUCCUGUCGCUCUCUGCACCGUUCAUCCCGCAGUUCUUCAAGGAACCGCUUGAUCAGACUGCACAGUACUGGGACUAUGUGAUUGGCAAUGAGACGGAGGCUAUCUCGUACGCUGACUCGCACGAUCUCAAUACACAUGACAUCCCGGCUAUUGCCAAGGCUUUGGCCAACCUGCCAAAGAAGAACACGCAGCGAAAGCGAGUUGCCAUCAUUACCCAGGGCACGGAGCCGACUGUGGUCGCUGUGCAGGGUGAGGACCAGGUCAAGUCGUUCCCCGUGCACACUAUCGGCAAGGACGAGAUUGUCGACACCACGGGUGCUGGUGAUGCAUUUGCCGGCGGAUUUUUCGCUGGCAUGGUAAAGGGCGAAAGCAUCGAGACUUGCGUCGACAUGGGCGCAUGGCUGGCAGCGCAGAGUCUGCGGGAGCUGGGACCUUCGUAUCCAUUCCCGAAGAAGGCCUACGUCGCUUCGAAGUGAGCGCAGCCUUCUCCUUUUUGGUUCAACACCAUGUUUCAACAACUGCAGCGUUGGUCGCGUGAUAUGAUACCCAGACAUCCUCCACGAUGGCGGGAUGCAAAAAGCUUUGAGCUGGUUUGCAAUGAUGGCGUUGAGGAAAACGGAGCGACGUGUCGGGAGAAGGAUAUCGUGGUCCCGCACGAGUCAUGGAUAUAGAACAAAACAAGUAAAACGUUUCUGAU